CAACAGUUCUGUAGCUUCUUCUCCUGAACUUGGUCGUACUGAGAUUGUUUCCUAUGCGCGGUCAGUUUCUUGCCUUUUCCUGUGUUACCUCAAUCGUUCGCCUUUACGCCUGCUAAUAUUUGUCAAUGACUCUUGCACACCCGUUUUAACUGCUUCUUAGCCCUAGAAGUGAGGAAGUGCCCCCAGAAACUGCAACACAGCGAUCCCCACAGGAACUUGCUUCGGACACUACAGAAGCUACUGUGCAGAACAAGAACAUUAGUUCGCAGAAAGCGAAGCCGAAGAAACCAUCUGCUAAGAAGAAGAAAACUGGAGGUGCAGGUGCUGCGCGUCGUCCUGCAGUUACUCUUGAAGAAACCGAUGUUCCGAUAUCGUCCCUUCAGAUCCCUGUUGGACAUCCUUUGCCAACCGAAUCGGCGAAUCCUGACUCUGGAAAUCUUAAUGCCCUCGGUGUCAAUUUGCAGACAACAACAAUUCAGCCUUUGUCACAGCAACCUGUGUCUAUAAAUCCUGCACCUGUACGUCGCCGUCGCUUGGUUGUUUCUUCUGAUGAAGACGAACCUGUUGUCCCUUUGGAACUGCAAGACUUGGACGUUGAACUUCCACUGCAAGAACAGGCUAUUGAAACCUCUUCGACUUGUCCUGUUCCUACCGUUGACUCUACUUUGCCUUCUCCUCUUCUUGCUGGCCAAGAAGUUCCGCUGCUUCCAGUGGGGAAAACUAAUCCUGGGAGGGCAAAGCGAAUUAGGACACCGUCUGCAAAGGCCAUUGAAGCAUCUGUGGAUGCCUCCAAGAGGAAGCCAAAAACUCCCAAAUCGUCUGCUAAGGAACCUGCUAAGAAGCAACUGUUUGCUGAUUGACCGUGAUUCGCAUCAUGCGAGUGCUAAUGUAACAUGCUUGUGCAGUGCUGUCCCUCCC